AUGCAGGUGCUUCGAGCAUUCCCGGCAAUGCAGGAGCACGUGCGGCUCUUCCAAGACCUGCUCCAGGACGAGAGUCUGGAUUUUUGGAGGUCUCCCACGGAACUCAUGGAGCCCGUUGACAUCAUGGCUCCUCCAGACAAGGCCACAGAACUAAAGAAGACCCUCUCCGACGCCUUGUGGUUGGAUGUCAUUCCGACGCUCGAGGUCUACGAUCGAUCUUCCCUUCCGGCCAUUCUCAUGGCCGGAAGGGAAGAUUGGAUGGAGGAGGGGACGAAAGAGGACGGCCGGGAAUUGAACCCAGGCCUCCUGAUUGCCGGUCAGGACGUGCCAUGGACCACGGUGCUGGAGGAUGUUGGAGAGGCAGUGAUGUCGUCCAUCUCAUCAGCUCACCACCCAGGAGUUCACGUUAAACGGCCGACCAGGUUUUCCCCGGAAUACCUCCGAUUGGAUGCUAUCCACAAUCAGCUCAGAUCCCUGGCCAAGGAGCAUUCAGCUCUGGCUACUGUGUCCUCAAUCGGGAAGUCCUCGGAGGGCAGGGAUCUCCUCCUGCUCACCAUUCGACAUCCUUCUAAGACUCAGAAGCCAGCCAUUUGGAUCGAUGGCGGCCGACCUGUUGAGUUCGAUGAUGACCUGCUGAUAGCCACACUUGAAGAUUAUCCUGCUGCAACAGUUGAAGAACUUGCCCAGAAACUCAAUUCGACCCAUUUCUCCGUUCAUUGCCGCUGGGAAACGACGGCUGGGAAAAGUGUCAAAACUUGGAAAGUGGGUUCCACAUGUGUUGUCACCAGGCAAUCUUAG